AUGUCUAAUCCUUAUAAAUUUGAAGACAAUUCUGUUGCAAAGGAUGUGGGAGAAUACAUUAUUUAUAAAAAGCCCCUUGGUAUCUAAUAAUAAUGAAUUAGGAAAGGGAAAAUGUGGAGAGGUCUUUUUAGGGAAAUCUAAGAAAUUGAAUAUUAAGGUUGCUGUAAAACAAUCUUCACAUAAUGGAAUUUAGAAUGAAGAACUUCUAAAGGAAAUCAUGAAUGUAAUAAAAUUUUAAUGUUUAAGAGUAGAGAAAUUUAAGUGAUGCAAAGAGUAAAGUCAGAGAAUUUAGUUGGAUUCUACGAUUUCAAAGUUUCUUAAAAUUACAUUUAUUUAUUUAUUGAAUAUUGUGAUGGAGGAACUUUGACUGAGUUUAUGAAAAAAAAGUAUUUAUUUCAUAUUCUAUACUUAGUCCCAAUAUUUCUGAUGAAAAGAUUGUAGAUAUAUUUUAAUAAAUUGCAAAAGGCUUUUAAGCUUUAGUUAAAGAGAAUGUAAUACAUAGAGAUCUAAAACCAGAUAACAUCUUAUUACAUUAAAAUGUUAUAAAAAUAGCAGAUUUUGGAUUUGCUAGAUUUAUAGAAGGAAAUCCAGAAUAAGCAAGAUUGUAUACAUUAAAAGGGUAUGUAAAAUUGAUUAGAAUUAUUUAGUACACCUUUAUAUGUUCCUCCUUAAAUAUUUGAUGAUAAAAAGUAUUCAAAUUAAUUUGAUAUUUGGUCAUUUGGAUGUAUUUUAUAUGAAUUAGCAUUUGGAAGGAAUAUUCAUGAAUCAAUUGUAGAUUUAGGUUAAUUGAAAAUAAGAUUAGGAUCAUUUAAGGUUUAUUGAUAUAUGAUAUUGUAGAAUUAAAAGGUGCAAUUUCCUAAGAAUAAUAGAAACCCUAAGAUAAUUUAAAUGAUUAGUAGAAUGUUAGAAUAUUAUGAAGAGAAUAGAAUUACAUGGCCUUAGAUAUUUGAAAGUGAUAUGUUUUUGAAAUAGCCAAAAUAAUUUUUGGAGAUUGAAAAUGAGAUUUAAAUAAAGGAUAAUAAUAAAUAUUAAGAAAAAUUAUAGAAUUUAUAGAUAUUUACAAAAUUAUCUGAAUAAUUUGAAAAAAUAAAGUAACAAUAAAUAUUUUAGAUAUAUAGUUAUGAUCAUUUUUUUUUAUUAAAAUGGAAAUGUAUUCUAUUUUAUUUUUGGAAAUUCUUUUUAGAAAAUUUUCGUUAAAAAAUCAAUGAAUAGAAUACUCAAUGUUUUUAAGUUAAUUAAAAGAAUGGUAAGAUUAGAUCUUAUAAAGAUUGUACAACUUUGAAUGAUUUAAUAGCAAAGUACAUUGAUGAUUUAAAAGUUGAAGUUUAAAAAUAAUUAUAAUUAUAUUGUACAAUUACUAAAUAAUGGAUUGAGAAACCAAGAAAUUUAUCAAAUAAGAUUAGUAAUUUUGAAGAACUUAGUCUAAUGAGUAAUAUAGAGAAAUGCGAUAAUAAACAAUUAUUGUUUUUUGUAGAAAAGUAUUGUUUGUGUACAUUUACAAAUGAAAUAGAUCUUAAUAUAAAAUAAAUGAUAAAAAUCAUUAAAGAUGAGCUAGCUUGA